CACCAAAUGUUAGGGUGCAAUAAUAAAUAUGUAUAUACGAACAUAUCUAUGACAAUUCAAAAACAUGGCUACCAUGUGAAAAAUAAAUUAGUCGCAUUACAAUUUAUAAACAAGUUUCUGUUUAGUUUUUACGAUAAUUUUGUUUCGUGUUACCAGCGAAACUCGUCAGCCGUAAAGAACAUAUAGCUUCGACGAAAGUUAUGAAGAGUUGGCGCGGAUUUUCCAAGUGAAACAUUAGUGUUUUUAAUAUUAAUUGCUACAUUUUUAAUGUCUAUUCGACGACCUAACGGAUUUCUGAACAAUAAAAAUACAUAUGCGUCCAAACAUUCUACAUGGUUGUGCGACAACAUACUUCCCGAAUGAAUACUAAAUAAUGAUUAUAGUAUGUUAAAAGAUUAAACAAGAAACCUUAUAUAAUAAAAAUUCUAUGUAUAAUACUGUACUACAUUAUUUAUAAGCUGACAUCAAUGGAUUCCAUUGAUUUUGAUACAAUUAUACGACAUCCGAGAACUAUAAUUCACAUAGAUGUUGACUGUUUUUAUGCUCAAGUGGAGAUGCUGAGGCAUCCAGAGCUAGAAGGCAAACCAUUAGGAGUACAACAAAAAAAUAUAGUAGUAACGAGCAACUACUUGGCAAGGGAAUAUGGAAUUAAGAAAUGUAUGUCUGUUCAAGAAGCUUUACAGUUAUGUCCAGGGCUGGCUCUGGUAAAUGGGGAAGAUUUGACAAACUAUCGUCAUUUUUCUGCCAAGAUCCUGGAGGUAUUGCAUCAGUUUACUCCCUUAGUCGAACGGUUAGGUUUCGACGAUAACUUUAUGGAUGUCACAUCUAUCGUGCAAAAAUGUAUGGAUUCUGGAAACGAUUCUGAACUAAAUAUAAGUAUUUCUAUCGAAGAUGAAAAUCCAGUUGGCGAAGUAUUUGGUCUGUCUGAAGAAGAAUGUCCAUGUGGUUGCCAUACUCGAUUAAUUAUAGCUUCCAAAAUUGCAGCAGAAAUAAGAAAACGGAUUUAUAAAGAGUUACGUGUCACGUGCAGUGCUGGAAUAGCGCACAAUAAGCUUCUAGCAAAACUUGUUGGGUCGUUGCAUAAACCAAACCAACAGACACUAAUAUUCCCAUGCAGUGGACCACUGUUGUUAUCUACGAUAGGAUCUGUGUCUAAAAUACCCGGUGUCGGGCAAAAAACCACACAAAUAUUAGCGUCCAAUAACAUAAAGACAGUAAACGAUUUGCGUAAAACGUCUUUAGAGAACUUGGAAAUGAAACUCGGAGUUGAUUUGGCAAGAAAAUUGAAAGAUAAUGCAGAAGGUAUAGAUGAAACUGCUGUGAAACCGACGGGAAAACAGCAAUCUAUAGGUUUAGAAGAUGGUUUCAAAAGCGUUUCUUUAGUAGCCGAAGUAGAAUCGCGACUUCGAGCGCUUCUAAGGAGAUUGACUGAACUAGCUAUGGAGGAUGGAAGAAUUCCCAUUGCUAUGAGAAUAACGGUCAGAAAGCACGACUUUAAUAAACCAACGUCAGGUAAAAGAGAAACUCGGCAAUGCGCUCUACCAAAGCACCUAUUGCCUUCUACAAAAUCUGGCGUUUACGAUCAUGCUAAAAUGCUAGCACUGGCUAUGAAACUUUUCCAUCGUACCGUCGACGUCUCUAAACCAUUCCACUUAACUCUAUUAGGGGUUGCUUUCACAAAGUUCGAGGAAAGAUCAUCCGGAAGAAAUAGCAUAACAUCGUUUUUGCGAAAGCAAGUUGCCGUUCAAUCUGUCUUGGACAUAAGUUCGGAAGAAGGUAUAUCUGACGUCAGUCUUGGAUCACCGAUGAGUAUAAAUCAAGAUAGUAACGAUGGUUCAGCAAUGAGCACCACUUCGUCCCCAAUUUCAAAAUCACUAUGUGGCAACAAUCAGUGUUCAGAAGACGACCUACUGAACGAGAUAGAACCUUUACCAAAAAAGACCAGAUUGGAAGUAUGGUUGAGCGGGCGCAGAGAAUCUCCAAGUAACGAAAUGGCGGAUCUUAGACUCAGUCCUUCGUCACCUAUGCAAUUGUCUCCAAAAAUCGAUGCAGCGGUUCUCAAAUCUUUACCCAUUGACAUACAAAGAGAAGUCACACGUUCAUGGCCGACGACUAGUAAACCAAAACCGAAUAAUAUACUUAAAUAUUUCAUAGCCAAUAAGUGACGGAGUUCUGUGGCCUAGAACGUAACAUAGCCAUCUUUCUGUACACAUUUCUGCAGCUACAAUAUUGGAUGGCAGCACCAUGUGAUAUUAUGACUUUAAGUUAUCGAUGUCUUAAAUUAAUUUUCAAUUUUUGGGUAUUAAACUUCUAUAUACAUAUAUUUUCUAUAGCAUUUACAACAAACGAAUGUUAAUACAAAGUGACUCUGUCGCAUAAAUCUUGAAUCACCUUAUUAAAUGCAAGAAAAAGUCUAUGAAUAAAUUAGUAUGGAUAUAUAAAACAAUAAUUACAUAUUCUUAUUUAUUUAUCUUGACUAAUCUGAGCAUUGUCGAUUGAAGUAGACGGAUAUUCGAAGUGAACUUGCAUUUAAAAAAAAUAUAUGCAUUAUUCAUGAAAGUAUUUUGAACGUUCUUAAAUGUUUUAUAAACCUCGAAGGAAAAGAUGAAUAGUGUAAACUGGCUGUUAACAAAUAGUAUUCUUGUUUAAGUAGAAUCGUUCAUCAAUCAAUGACAAAAGUUAUAAAGUAAGUUUCAUUGUCACCUUUCACAAACGCGUUAUAUGUAUGUACAUGUUGCAUAUGAUCCGGAGUGUUCUAUUAUUGCAUUUCGUAGACGAUUUUUCAGUGUUCAAUUAAAUAAGAUAUCCUUUUUAUCGUAAGUUAAGCAUUUUCACGCAUUCAAUUCAUUCUUCUUGAAGAGUAUUUGCAAUAGCAGAAGUAUUUUCAUUUGUGUUGUUCGAGUGACAUAAAAAAAAAAAUAAAUUGUCGUAGCAUACGCGUAGAUUCACGCAUUUUCGAAAUAAGUCCGUCUCGUCUUAAAUGGGGUGCUGGCAUUUGAUUUUGUACGUAUUCUCUAGUGACUAAACUAUAAUUGUAUGAUUUAACGUUACGACAGAAAUGUUUAUAUUUUUAGUACUAUCGAUGUUAUGCUAUAUAUAUAUAUAUGUAACGGGUGUUUGCGAAGAAUACACCACACGGAAAUACUCGGUCGCCCCCUACCGUACUACUGGUAAGGAGCUCUAUUCGAAUUGUAAAACAUAAUUUAUAUAUAUUAUAUAGUUAUUCAGACUAUUAGACAAUCAUAAAGUUUUAUCGGUUCGAUAUGGUACAAGGUGAAUAAUUAUAAUAUAUACGUUAAGCAUACAUAACACACAUACAUAAACACAGAUACAUAUAAAGAUAAAAAGUGUAAGCCAACGAUCCACGCGAUUUCGAAAUUAUUAUAUCACACACAAUAACAUGAAUUACACGUACAUAAAACAUGAGCGCGCGUUUACUUUCACACGGUUACUUAAAACGUACAUGCGUUAGAGCGUGGCCAGCGGCAAGUGAUACUGAAACAGUAGCUUUUGUAAACGACUAAAAAAAAAAAAAAUACUUAUAUAAGGGUACGGAAAAUUUAUAUAUAUAUAUAGCGUUAGUUGAUGACCGAAAAGCAAAGGCGCAUAGAGAUUAGUUACGUGCGAGUUUUUUUUCUCUCUCUUUCACUCUCCCCCCCCCCUCUCUCUCUCUUAUUUUUUUCUAUGUUUUAUUUAUUUACUGUAUGCACGGGCGAAGCGGUACUGAUAUUCUGACUAUUAACUUCUGGUUGUGAGAACAUGAAUAUUUUAUACGUACACGCCACAGGGAAUAUGAGCGGUUGCGAAACCCGUGCGCUUGUCAUCGUUUAAGUUCUGAUUAAUUAGAAUCACACGCAGUAAGUUCGCACUCCUUCGGAGAUAAUUGUGUUGAUAUUGUUCCGAAGACAGUCAACGGCGAGAGAAAAAAAAACGUAUGACUACAUUUGAGUUUGACAUUGUACAAGCAGCGUUCCAUCGACGGUUCAUAUUGCCUCUGAUUCAUUUAAAUAAAGAAAGUUCAAGUUGUA